GCCCGCCCUUCCCGUCCGGCUCUUGGAGGCGUGGCCGUGCUGGCAAGAUGGCGGCGCCCGAGAAAAUGGUGUUUCUGGAGAAACUGAGCCACAAAAAGUACAGGGCCGCCCUGAAGAAGGAGAAACGAAAGAAACGUCGGCAGGAACUCGCUCGACUGAGAGACUCAGGACUCUCACAGAAGGAGGAGGAGGAGGCAGUGGCAGAUGCUUUUAUUGAAGAACAACAACGAGAAGAAGAGCGGCUGUUGGAGAGAGAGAGGCAAAAAUUACACGAGGAGUGGUUGCUGCGGGAGCAAAAGGCACAAGAAGAAUUCAGGAUAAAGAAGGAAAAGGAAGAGGCAGCUAGAAAACGGCAGGAAGAACAAGAGAGAAAGUUAAAGGAAGAAUGGGAAGAACAGCAGAGAAAAGAGAGAGAAGAAGAGCAGCAGAAGCUACAGGAGAAGAAAGAAAGAGAGGAAGCUGUGCAGAAGAUGCUGGAACAGGCUGAAAAUGAGUUGGAAAAUGGUGCCACAUGGCAAAACCCAGAACCACCCACGGAAUUAAGAAUAAUGGAGAAAGAUCGAGCUAAUUGUCCAUUCUACAGUAAAACAGGAGCUUGCAGAUUUGGAGAUAGAUGUUCACGUAAACACAAUUUCCCGGCGUCAAGUCCCACCCUUCUUAUUAAAAGCAUGUUUACAACGUUUGGGAUGGAGCAGUGCAGAAGGGACGACUAUGACCCCGAUGCAAGCCUGGAGUACAGCGAAGAGGAAACAUACCAGCAGUUCCUGGACUUCUAUGACGACGUGCUCCCCGAGUUCAGGAAUGUGGGGAAAGUGAUCCAGUUCAAGGUCAGCUGCAACUUGGAACCUCAUCUGAGGGGCAAUGUGUAUGUUCAGUAUCAAUCGGAAGAAGAAUGCCAAGCAGCCCUUUCUCUGUUUAAUGGACGGUGGUACGCAGGACGACAGCUCCAGUGCGAAUUCUGCCCAGUGACCCGAUGGAAAAUGGCAAUUUGUGGUUUGUUUGAAAUACAGCAGUGUCCAAGAGGGAAACACUGCAACUUUCUUCACGUGUUCAGAAAUCCCAACAAUGAAUUUUGGGAAGCGAAUCGAGACAUCUACCUGUCUCCGGACCGGACUGGCUCCUCCUUCGGUAAGAACUCGGAGAGGAGGGAGCGGCUGGGCCGCCACGAAGACUACUAUAGCAGGGCGCGCAGGAGGAGGAGCCCCGGGCCGGCCCACUCCUACAAGAGGAACGGGGAGGCCGAGAGGAAGAGGAGGAGCAGUCACGGGCGCGAGAAAUCUCACAAACACACGUCCAAAAGCCGGGAGAGGCACAGCUCCCGAAGCAGAGGAAGAAAAAGGGACCGCAGCCGGGGUCGGGGCAGCCGCAGCCACAGCCGCCGCAGCCGGAGUUGCAGCCAGAGCUCCUCCAGGUCCAGGAGCCGUGGCGGGAGGAGGUCGCGGAGCGGAGACCGAACUCUUCAGAGUCCCAAAUCCAAAUAAAUUUACUGUGUUCUUC